GGCAAGUAUAAUCCUUCAGACUGUCCGACCCGGCCCCCAGCAAGUGUGAUGAAUACUAACAAUAUUGCUAUUGGAGUCCAACUUGCUGAAGAACAAAAUUUUAAGUUCGAUGCAAGGUCUAUUGAUGUGACGUCUACAGUAGCAACGGCUCAAAAGGCGGAUCCGACUAUUUGUGGAUUAUAUGAGAAGGUGAAGAAGGGUGCUACUCUGCAGAAACCCGAAAAUCGGGGUUUGUGUAUCGGUCAGAGUAACAAAUUGUUAUGUAGACGUACGUUACUCUGGACUACUGAUCAGGAUGAGCAAGUUGUUGAUGUUGGUGGUGAAAGGAUAGUAAUACCCGAGUCUGAUCAUCAACUACAGGACUACUUGGUUCGAAGGUAUCAUGUUCAUGGAGGCAUUGCUCAAAACUUGAGGAGACUUACCGCUAAGUUCGUGUUCAGAGGUCUGAAGGGUCAAUGCAAGCAGUUCAAUCAGCAAUGUCUCAUUUGUGAUAAAAUGCGAAGAGAUGCAGGAGCUCGCAAAGCAAUAGGUAGUGCUCCUUUGUGA